AUGGAGGGUGACUUGGGAUCCCCCAACGCCAGCGUGCUGGGGGAGCGCUCGCUGCUGGUGGGGAGCAGCUGGGUGGCUGCUUUCCUCUGCUUCAUCAUCCUGCUGACCACGGCAGGGAACUUCCUCCUCAUCCUCCUCAUCGUCACCCAGCGCUCCCUCCGCAACACCUCCAACUACUUCCUGGUGUCUCUCUUCAUGUCUGACCUGAUGGUGGGGCUGGUGGUGAUGCCCCCGGCCAUGCUCAACCAGCUCUAUGGGCGCUGGGUGCUGCGGGGUGACUUCUGCUCCCUCUGGUACUCCUUCGAUGUCAUGUGCUGCAGCGCCUCCAUCCUCAACCUCUGCAUCAUCAGCCUGGACCGCUACCUGCUCAUCAUCUCCCCGCUCAAGUACAAGCUGCGGAUGACCUCCUGCAGGGCCCUCUUGCUCAUCUUGGCUACCUGGACCUUGGCCGCGCUGGCCUCCUUCCUGCCCAUCAAGAUGGGGUGGCACGAGCUGGAGUUCGAGGUCCGGUCCCCAAACGUCACCUCCCGCGGGGACGAGGACCAGUGCCGGCUGCUGGUCAGCUUGCCCUAUGCCCUGGUGGCCUCCUGCCUGACCUUCUUCCUCCCCUCCACUGCCAUCUCCUUCACCUACUGCCGCAUCCUCCUGGCAGCCCGCAAGCAGGCGGUGCAGGUGGCGUCCCUCGCCUCCAACGUGGCCGCUGCCACCACCGAGGAGACCGCUCCACAGGUUCCCCACGCCCCGAGCCAGCCCGCGGCCGGCAGCGAGAGCAGGAGGUUCACCAACAAGCACAGCAAGAAGGCGCUGAAGGCCAGCCUGACGCUGGGCAUCCUGCUGGGCAUGUUCUUUGUGGCCUGGCUGCCCUUCUUCGUCACCAACGUGACGCAGGCAGUGUGUGGCUGUGUUCCAGCCGGCUUCUUCGACGUCCUCACCUGGCUCGGGUACUGCAACAGCACCAUGAACCCCAUCAUCUACCCGCUCUUCAUGAGGGACUUCAAGAGGGCCAUGGGCAAAUACCUGCCGUGCUGCCGGCGCUCC